GCGGCUUCCUGUCCAGCGCGCUCCCGGGUCCCCUGGCAAGGGCGCGUCUGGGAGAAGCCCCAGCUGACAACUAGAAGCAUCUGCAUUCGCUGAUCAAAUACCUUCCUGCCUCGACUUUUAUGCUCUGGACUCAUACGUCUCACGCUGAACCACAGCUUUGCUUCGUGGGCACCUUCACUGCUUCUCCUGCCUGAGCAGUCCUUGCCUUAAGAGAGGAAACUGUCAAGCGGAGGGCAGAGGGGGAGAAGGUGUCUUUCAGUAAUCCAGGAAGCCACCAUGGAGUACAAAGUGAAGAUGGAGGAGCUAGACUCCUCUGGGCCUGAAGCAGGAAGAAGCCCUGACGCUCUUCAGGGUGGGAGGAGUGGAGCAUUCUGGGAAAGAACAGUGCAGAAGAACCUGGCCAAGGGCAUGGGCAGCUGGGAUGUAGAGCGCCAGCUCUUCAGGGGGCUCCGUUACCAGGAAGCCAAGGGCCCCCGAGAGGUUUGCAGCCGACUCCACAAACUCUGCCAUCGGUGGCUCCAGCCAGAAAGGCGCACAAAAUCUCAGAUGCUGGACCUGGUGAUUGUGGAGCAGUUCCUGGCUGUCCUGCCUCCGGAGAUGGAGAGCUGGGUGAGAGAGUGUGGAGCGGAGACCAGUUCCCAGGCAGUGGCCCUGGCAGAAGGUUUCCUCUUGAGCCAGGCAGAGGACAAGAAGCAGGAAGAAGAGCAGGUGGAGGGGAAGACAGAAAGUCCCGCCGAUUUCCUCCCAAAAGAGGCGGCUCUGGUGGGAUCCGCACAGAAGUGGACCGUGCAGGAGGAGGACGGAGGGGCCGCCUUCCCGGGUGGUGAAACGGCUCUGAUGCUUCAUCCCAAGCUUUCUCCUCUUUGUGAAGGAGGAGAAACGGUGGCUGGACAGUCACCUGAUCAGGGUCUGGUUACUUUUGAGGAGGUGGCUGUGCAUUUCACAGAGGAGGAAUUGAUACUGCUGGAUCCAGGCCACAGGGCUCUGCACAGGGAAGUCAUGGAAGAGAAUUACGGAAAUCUGGCCUGUCUGGGUGAAAGGAGGGAUAACAAUAAAGAAAAGGUUGAAUGGCAGAGGAGGAAAACUGAAGCAAAGAAGUGGGUGAAGACAUCCAUUUGUUCUGAAGAGGCAGACUUUCAUGAGACCCUGGGCCAACAAGAACGUUGCAAAGAAAACGAGAGAAAGAAGACCCCCCUGUCUGCAAAAAUCUUGACUAAUAAAACAAGGCUUAGCAUACCAAAGAGAAUUCAGGAUGAGCUGAAGCCAUAUAAAUGCUCAGCAUGCGGAAAAAGCUUCUGGUGGAGUUCCCACCUUUGCGCACAUCAAAGAAUCCACACAGGGGAGAAACCUUAUGGAUGUUUCAUAUGCGGAAAGAGCUUCAGUAUGAUUGGUAACCUGACGCAACAUCAAAUAAUCCAUACAGGAGAGAGACCUUAUAAAUGUUCCACAUGUGGCAAGAGCUUCAGUAAGAUUGGCAACCUUACACAACAUCAGAUAAUUCAUACAGGGGAGAAGCCUUACACAUGCUCGGUGUGUAGAAAGAGUUUCAGUAACGUCGGUAACCUUACCCAACAUCAAAUAAUUCACACAGGGGAAAAACCAUACAAAUGCUCAUUGUGUGGAAAGAGCUUCAGUCACCGCACACACCUUUGCUCCCAUCAAAGGACUCACACAGGAGAGAAACCAUAUAAAUGCUCCACGUGUGGCAAAAACUUCAGUAUGGUUGGUAACCUUACACAACAUCAAAUAAUCCACACAGGGGAGAAGCCGUAUCAGUGUUCCACGUGUGGAAAAAGCUUCAGUAGGAUUAGUAACCUGACACAACAUCAAAUAAUCCACACGGAGGAGAAACCCUAUAAAUGCCCCACAUGCGGAAAAAGUUUCAAUCGUAGCACAAACCUUACUUACCAUCAAAGAAUCCACACAAGGGACAACGCCGUGAAUCCCAGAAACGCUGAAUGUGUGGAACGAAACACUGAUAGAAAUCGUAUCUUCAUAUCAAACGAAGCUCAGAAGAUAAAGAAUACAGCCAAUACAGCUUAUUUAUCUUGUAAUAAUACAAGUUAAAUAAUAGACAUAAUAAUACAGCUCAGAAAAUAAAUAACAAUACAUCUGACAGGUAUAGUUUCACGUGCUCUCUGCUUCCCCCAUGAGGAAGAAUCUCUACAAGUUGCAUUGCAGACAGUUUUUUUCCUUUCGGAUGAGAAGCCUCGGAAAUGGGUUUUUUUGUGACACCUGGUAAUUGAAAAAUGAUUUAUUCUGCUUUUAUAGAUUAUCUGCGUGUGGUGUAUUUUAAUGUACUAGUUACAGUAUGUUUUUAAUGUUUUUAAUAAUGAUGUUUUCAGGAGACGCCAAAAGGAAUACAAAGUUGGCACCUGCCUGACCUCCAGAGGCAGGGAAUUCCAUAGGAGGGGGGCCACCACGCUGAAGGCUCUUCCCUUGGUGGACUCCAAUCCGAGGAUGGGUCUAUGUGGAACCACCAGGAGCAGGCCCUCGGAUUACCUUAGGGACCGGGCAGGUUGGUAGGGGAGAAGGCGCUCUCUCAGGUAUCCUGGUCCCAAGUUGUUAAGGGCUUUGUAAAGUUCCCAGAUUUCAGGGGAAACCUCGGCUCGCAAAUGCAAACUGAGUUAUGGGACCCAUGGAAAUCCAGGAAACACCCCCCCCCCAAAAAAAGGGAUGGAUUUCUUGGCAGUAGACAUAUCUAGAAUCAUAGAAUAGUAGAGUUGGAAGGGGCCUAUAAGGCCAUCGAGUCCAACCCCAGCUGCAAGACUGCGAAACCUACACAAGUGAAACUUGGCAUGCAUAUUAAGGGGACCCUAGGGGCGUGCCCCUUUGGAUUAUUUUGGUUUUUUAAAAUGUGCUCAUUCUAAUGAUUUUAAGUGUCUGCGUGAUUAAAACCUGCAAUAGCAUCUUCAGUCACUAGGUGGCAGACUCCCCUAAGUAGCUCAUAGCUUUGCAUGUGCUACACAUUGAAGCCAGGGAAGAUUAGCAGGCUGAGGGACAGAGUUAUAGGCAGAGCCAGCUUUAUCGUGAAGCCGGAAGAAGCUCCCCCAUGAGCAGGAAGAGCAGCGAAGCGUGCCCCUCCCCCUUCGCACCUCCAUUCCCUCCCUCCAAGCUGAAGGAGCCAGCCUGUGGGCCUGUGCCGUUGCUGCCUUCUCGAAACUCGGCUGCUUUGGGGAGACUGGGGUGGGAAUUUCAUCCGGUGUCAUUUGUAUGCCUGCAGCACCUGGCGAAAUUCCCUCUUCAUCACAACAGUUAAAGCUGCAGGAGCCCUGCCAUUCCUUCCAUAUGGACGCCCCAGCUUAAAUGAUGCAGGAGAGAUGUUGUAGAGGUGUGAAAGUUCAGAGGAGGGCCACGAGGAUGAUCAGGGGUCUGCAAAUGCUAUUUUGGGCUGCAUAAAUAGAAGUAUAGCUUCCAAAUCGUGUGAGGUCCUGGUUCCUCUCUAUUCGGCCCU